AUGGCUAUAGCACGGUUUGCGGGCAAUCCAGGUUGGCCCGCGGGGCUCGCAGCCGCGACUCAUAUCGGCUUUGUCAAUAAGGGCACAGCCUGUUACCAGAUUGUGACAUUCCAGAUGCUUCUACACUUGCCAGCAUUUCUGAACUGGUUGGAUUAUUAUCAUGACCAACAUGUUGAAGGCAAGAAGGAAUGUAAGACAGGAGCGAUGGGUCUGUCAUGCAAAUUAUGUCACAUUCACAUUCUAUAUCACAGCUACUGGGAUGGUGAGGGUAAUCAUCAAACUUCUUUCGAUAACCUCGCCGAUACUAUCCUUUUGGAUUGGAACCAAAAGUACGGUGAACAUAAAGGACAGCAAGACGCGGCAGAGUUUUGGACUGAGGUUUAUGAACAGUUCUUGGGGGACAUGGUGGACAUCCUUCAAGUCGAUCUAGCGUCUCUCUUCCGACUCUUCACGGUCACCAACAGAGUCUGUGUUGGAGAGAAUGCCUGUAAAGCCAAAUGGCUCCAAUCUGAGCAUGAUAUGCUGCGCGUUCAGUUCCCCGCAGAAGCAGGGGACACAACACAGCUCGCCUUACAUAAAGUCAUCCAACAGUGGUUCAGGGAGAGAGAUGUGGGAUUAAGGUGCAACGAAUGCAAGAAUAAUCGAUUUGACAAGGAUUACUUUCAACAAACUCCGGAGUGUCUAAUAGUGCAUCUCAAUCGAAUUAAACUUGAUAGCGAGGGGGAUUCCUCUAAGAUAAAAUCUCGAAUCCUGAUGUCAGAGGUUUUACAACUGGAUGGCGCAUGCUUUGAUCCAAACUUCGUUGCCCCCGAAGAAAAGGUCUAUUAUGAGCUGACCUCCGUGAUCAUGCACACUGGUUCGAGUCCUAAUCUGGGUCAUUAUUAUAUCUUUGCCAAGGGGCCCGGUGGAAAGUGGGUUAAAAUUGACGAUGAGAAUGUCCAGCGCUUCAAUACGUUUGGGGAAUGGGCGACUAGAUCCAAGGCUACAGUUGACGCCUACAUGUUUGCUUAUCGUCGGGUCACGGAGGACGAAUAUCAGCAAAUCAAGCUGAAAGAGAAAAAGAAGAAGGGGUCCAAAGCUACAAAGACGCGUAAAGUCCAAGACCAGGGCGUCCAAACCGAUGAAGAAGUCCCACCAGAGCCAAUCGAAAAGGGAGAAGAGCCAAUGAAUCUGUUCGGGCAUCCUAGCACCUUCAGACUGAAAUUCACCCCCGCUGGUGGACUCCCCGUAGUCGUGAAUGGCGAGAUCGAGACCGGUGAUCCAAUGGACCUGGUCGACUUUCCAGAUACUAAAGGUCUGUUGGAAUUGACUUGGGUUGACGAGAAGAACAAUAUUCUCAGAGAUCUCAACAUUCAAGGAGAGCUGAGGAAUGUCAUUGGCCGGAAAACCGGAAAGACAACACAGGAAGGGAGAAAAUCACGGUUUAAAGAGCACUUUUCUGGAUCUGGCAGUGGUUCAAAUAAAUCCAAGAAGUCAGCCUCUUCUGAGAAACCCACCCCUGGUGCGAAACCCACGGGCAUUGUGAAGAAACGAGGUGCUAAAAAGAGUGCGUUGGAGCAUUUCUCAGGUCUCAAACGGGCACUAGGAGGCGGAGAUAACGGAAAGAAGGAGGAGAAAAGGAUUGAGAAGGAAGAAAAGAAGAAGCAAAAGGAGAAGAAGAAACAGGAGAAAGAAGAGAAAGAGAAGAAGGAGGGGAAGAAGAAGAAGUGA